GGAGGAGCCAGCGGAAGGAGCAGCGACCGACUGAAUCCUGCGGCCAGUGCGGGCGCUCCGGACCACAGUGAACCACAGCGGCAGCCAGGAUGGCGGUUUCUGCAGAGCCCCAGAAGCUGGUGUACCUGGUCACAGGUGGCUGUGGCUUCCUGGGGGAGCACGUGGUGCGACUGUUGCUACAGCAGGAGCCGCGACUGCAGGAGCUGAGGGUCUUUGACCUGCAUCUGGGUCCCUGGCUGGACGAGCUGAAGACGGGACCUGUUCUGGUGACAGCCAUCCAGGGUGACGUGACCCAGGCCCAUGAGGUGGCAGCAGCUAUGGCUGGAGUCCACGUAGUCAUCCACACAGCCGGGCUAGUGGACGUGUUUGGGAAGGCCAGUCCCCAGACCAUCUAUGAGAUCAACGUGCAGGGCACGCAGAAUGUGAUUGAUGCUUGUGUGCAGACCGGAACACAGUUCCUGGUCUACACGAGCAGCAUGGAAGUUUUGGGGCCCAACAACAAAGGCCACCCCUUCUACAGGGGCAAUGAGGACACCCCGUAUGAGGUAGCCCACACACACCCCUAUCCUCGCAGCAAGACCCUAGCUGAGAAGCUGGUUCUGGAAGCCAAUGGCAGGAAGGUUCGUGGGGGGCUGCCUUUGGUCACAUGUGCCCUGCGCCCCACUGGCAUCUACGGUGAAGGCCACCAGAUCUUGAAGGACUUCUACAGCCAGGGCCUCCGCCUUCGGGGCCGGCUCUUCCGGGCCAUCCCAGCGUCUGUGGAGCACGGCCGGGUCUAUGUGGGCAACGUGGCCUGGAUGCACGUGCUGGCGGCCCGGGAGCUGGCGCAGCGACCCGCGUUGAUGGGGGGCCAGGUGUACUUCUGCUACGACAAGUCGCCCUAUAAGAGCUACGAGGACUUCAACAUGGAGUUUCUGGGGCCCUGUGGACUGCAGCUGGUGGGCACGCGGCCGCUGCUGCCCUACUGGCUCCUGAUCAUCCUGGCUGCCCUCAAUGCCCUGCUGCAGUGGCUGCUGCGGCCGCUGCUGCUCUACACGCCGCUGCUGAACCCCUACACACUGGCCGUGGCCAACACCACCUUCACCGUCAGCACCGACAAGGCUCAGCGCCACUUCGGCUACACGCCCCUCUUCUCCUGGGAGGACAGCCGGGCUCGCACCAUCCGCUGGGUGCAGGCCUCAGGGGACCGGUCAGCGAGGCCCAGCCCAGGCCCCUGAACCCUUAAAGCAAGCCUAGAGGGCAGGGGUUGGGCCAGCUGGGAUGACGCCUUUGCAUUCCCAGAGCUGCCCUGGCCCCUCUGGCUGGCUGGUGAGGGCCCAUGUGGCGCCGCCCACAUCCUCACCCGGGCCUGGGCCAGGGCUGGGAAGGCAGAGCCCCCCCCACACCCCCGGGCUCAGUGCUUACACUCUCUUGACCUGGAGACACUCUUCACCUGCAGAUGGAUCCUUCAACACCCUCCAGGAGGGGACCCACAUAGUUUCUUCCCCCUUCCUGCAACAGUGUCGGGACUGUGAGGAUGCUGUCAGUCCCUGCCCGGCCCUGCAUUAAAGCUGCUGACCCUCAUUGGCCCUCCUUGCCCAGUCCCUGUCCGCUCCUG